CUUCUAUUCGACCCCAAAUUGCAUCUAAUCACUCGUUUUGAGCUACGAUCGCGCCGCGUCCGCCCUGUUCGAUCUAGUUCGUCAAUCCAGUGUCCGUCGGAGAUUCCGCGAAUCUCGCAAUCCGCAGUCUUCUCUCGACUGACUGGAUUUGAUUGGUUGGAUUGGGCGUUUGUAGUUUAGGACUCUUACCUGGAUUGAUCGGGUGAUGAAGCUGUGAUUAUUGUUGAUCGCGCUGUGUUGGGUGAAGCGAGUGCGAUGUUCUGAGUGCUGGAUCAAGUAAGGUGAUCGAAUAAAUGGCGUGGUUUAGUGGGAAAGUAAAUUUGGGGAAUCUAGGGAAUUUCCCGGAUUUGGCUGGGGCAGUGAAUAAGCUCAGCGAGAGUGUCAAGAGCAUCGAGAAGAAUUUCGAUACUGCACUUGGAUUUGAGGAGAAACCGAGUGGUUCCGGGAGCGGUACGGAAGCAUCGGGGUUAUGGCCUUCGGCGACAGACAGGAGGGCAUUGUUUGAACCCAUUAUGGGAUUUAUUGGGCAGAAAGAUGGGGAAGAGGAGUCUGAAUCAUUGGCAAAGCCUGAUUUGUCGGAGGCCCCGUCUCCUGCAGAGGAAGAAGAAAGAGUUGAGAAUGAUGGCUCAGCUAGUAAAGCUAAUGAACACAUUUUAGAUGGAAAGGCUGAUGUGGAGAAAAAAACUGAGGAGACUGGAGAUGGCAGUGGGGAUCCAGAUAAAGUUUCUACAGGCGACAGUGAAGUUGAGGUGGCUUCACCAUUAAAUUCCGUUGAAGCAGCUGAACAAAAACCGGUUCUGGUUGAGCAAACUGAAUCUGCAAGUAAUUUUAUAGAAGGGGAGAGAUUGGACGAAGCACCACCUGCAUCGUUGGAGUCGGUUAAACUGGAAUCCACUAGUCAUAUCGAUCAUGUUGAACCUAUGGUAGAGGACAAAACUAAUUUUCCAGAGGCUGUAGAUAAACAGGAUGAAGACAAAAAAGAAAAAGAAGAAGAGAAAGCAGAAGAAGAAGCUAUAGAAGUACUUCCAGCUCAAGCUCCGUAUGAGUCAUCACCUGAUGGCCAUGAUGAGAAUAGAGAGCCAUCGGCUCCUGAUCAUCCCCAUGGAGAUGCAGAAGAUAGCUCUGGAGAUAAUUUGGCCAGUUUACAAACUAAAGAAGUGGAGGCCUUGGAAGCAACAUUUAAUCUGGUUGCAAAUCAGGAGAAUGCUAUUUCUCAUCCCAUUGGCCAAAAGAAGCUGACAGGCAAUAAUAGCACUGUUGUAGAACAACACGUGAGCACAAUGAGAGAUUCACCAGACAUUACUGGUUCGAUGGUUGAAUUGGAGAAAGUGAAGAAGGAAAUGAAAAUGAUGGAAACUGCAUUGCAGGGAGCUGCUAAGCAAGCUCAGGCCAAGGCUGAUGAGAUUGCAAAGUUAAUGAAUGAGAAUGAGCAGCUAAAAGCAGUGAUUGAUGAUCUGAGGAGAAAAUCAAAUGAAAGUGAGACUGAAUCCCUACGGGAGGAGUAUCAUCAGAGGGUGGCAACACUUGAGAGAAAGGUGUAUGCUCUCACUAAGGAAAGGGAUACACUUCGUAGGGAACAGAGUAAAAAAAGUGAUGCUGCCGCUCUUUUGAAGGAAAAGGAUGAGAUAAUUAGCCAAGUGAUGGCUGAAGGUGAAGAGCUCUCAAAAAAACAAGCUGCUCAGGAGGCUCAGAUAAGAAAGUUAAGGGCACAGAUCAGAGAGCUUGAGGAAGAGAAGAAGGGAUUGCUUACAAAGCUCCAGGUUGAAGAGAAUAAAGUAGAGAGCGUCAAAAGAGACAAGGCAGAAACCGAGAAGUUGCUCCAAGAAACAGUAGAAAAACACCAAGAUGAACUUGCAGCUCAAAAAGAAUACUAUACAAAUGCUCUGAAUGCAGCAAAGGAAGCUGAAGCAUUAGCUGAGGCACGGGCUAACACUGAAGCAAGAACUGAGGUGGAAACUCGUCUUAGAGAAGCUGAAGAACGUGAAAGUAUGCUAGUUCAGACCCUUGAAGAACUUAGGCAAACUUUAAGCAGAAAGGAGCAGCAGGCUGUAUUUAGAGAAGAUAUGCUCCGUAGGGACAUUGAAGAUCUUCAAAAGAGAUAUCAGGAAAGUGAGCGUAGGUGCGAGGAGUUAAUAAGCCAAGUUCCUGACUCAACCAGACCUCUUUUAAGGCAAAUUGAAGCUAUGCAGGAAACAGCUGCUAGAAAAGCUGAAGCUUGGGCUGCUGUUGAGAGAUCUCUGAACUCACGACUUCAGGAAGCUGAGGCCAAAGCUGCAGCUUCAGAGGAAAAGGAGCGGUCCAUUAAUGAGCGAUUAACUCAAACUUUAUCUCGUAUAAAUGUUCUUGAAGCUCAGAUCUCCUGCCUGAGAACCGAGCAGACACAGCUAACCAAAUCUCUUGAAAAGGAGAGACAAAGAGCAUCAGAACACCGGCAGGAAUAUCUUGCUCUCAAGGAGGAAGCUGAUACUCAAGAAGGUCGUGCCCAUCAAUUAGAGGAAGAAAUUAGGGAGCUAAAGAGAAAGCACAAGGAAGAAUUGCAAGAGGCACGGAUGCAUCAGGAACUUCUGCAACAGGAUCUAGAGCGAGAAAAAGCUGCUCGAUUGGAGCAGGAAAAUGCUGCUCGGCUGCAGGCUCCUGUUGCUCCUGAUCAAAGCCCAUUAACGAGGCAUAAGUCAGCUUCAUAUGAGAACGGCUCAGCUCGUAAGCUUUCAAGUGCAAGUAGUGUGAGCAGUAUGGAAGAAAGCUAUUUUCUACAAACAACGCUGGAAUCAUCUGAGAAUUUAUCUGAACAUAGAAGUGUAGCAGAGAGUACAUUUAGUCCAUAUUAUAUGAGGAGCAUGACAUCAAAUGCAUUCGAGGCUGCCCUUCGUCAAAAGGAGGGGGAACUUGCUUCUUACAUGUCCAGAUUGGCAUCUAUGGAAUCCAUCCGCGACUCACUUGCCGAGGAGUUGGUUAAGAUGACUGCACAGUGUGAAAAAUUGCGUGCAGAAGCUGCUGAACUUCCGGGGAUACGAGCAGAACUAGAAUUACUUAGACGGAGGCAUUCAGCAGCACUAGAGUUGAUGGGAGAGCGAGACGAAGAGUUGGAAGAACUUCGUGCCGACAUAAUCGAUAUGAAGGAAAUGUACAGAGAGCAAGUGAACAUGCUUGUGAACAAGAUCCAAAGAUUGAGUUCAUCCAUGGCUGCUGCCUGAUGGAGCAUUGUUCUGUGACAUCAAUUUCAGGCAUGUCUUUUGAAUAUCAUUGCGGUGAUUUAAGUUUGAGAAGGAAAAAAAAAAAGAAAAAAAGUUAUGCUUCGAUACAUAUUUCUUCUGCUCACUCCCAACAACUGUAAUUUCAUGCAUUAUGUUGUUGUAUAUGCCCUGUUUGGUUAUAGUAAAUUGUGAUUUUAUUUUUAUUUAUACUUUUCCUUUGUACCUUGAAAAUCAUGGUACGGUAUAGAACUGUUGAGUUAUUUAGAGAUUAUUAUUAUUUUAAAAUACUAGGUCCGAUAAUGAUUUAUUUUGAAAAUGA